AUGGAAGAUCUCCUUCUUAAAAAUGAAUACUCACAGCAAGAGGUCUUAAGAAAAGCCAUAUCAGAUCCACAAUCAUUACCAACUUAUACCUUAUAAAUAUGUAUCAAAGUAAAAGCCUCCGUGAAUCUUUUUUGCUUAAUUUCAGCAAGUCAGUAAAAGAAAUUGAUAAUUCAACUCUUUUUAUUAAUUUUAACAAGCCAAAAAAUGCUUAAAGCAAAUAAACAAAGUUUGGCCACUUUUAAUCAAAUAUUUACCAUAUAUAUGAGCUACUCAUCCUUCUGAGAUAUACAUAUGGGAAUUAGAAAAAUUACUCUCACAGACAAACCAACGAAUAAAUGUCCUUGCUUCCCAAUACCAUCACAAUAUCCUUGAUCACCAAUCUAAUCUCCAAGAAAUCGGAGUCAAUUUAAAAUCCCUUCUAAAAAAAGCUAGAUUUUUGCAGUCCCAAUCACAAAAAAUGAGUAGAGAAAUGUCAGAAAGUUAUGAUAAAAUCUGUGAAUGUGUAAGGCAACUUGAAAGAGUCCAAGAAGCCAGCGAGCUAAUAAGGAACGCCCAGCAGUUUUUCUUUAAGAUCAAAAAAAAUAAAAAUAAAAAAUCACCAGAAAUAGAAGAACUUGCACAAAGCUUAAGAGGUGUUAAAGCAAUAGAAAAAUUAAUGAACAAUUAG